AUGUCAACGAGCUCCCAAUUAUCCAGCUUUGACAGCUCCAGUGUUGUCUCCACGGUGACAGGUAGCUCAUCUCACGAGGCCUCGGCCACCACAACGUCGUCGAACAGCGCAACAACAUCUGCAGGGUCCGGAUGUGUAACGUGCACAGGCGACGUAGCGUGUCCUGUGUGCGACGACGACGAGUACUGUGUGCUAACGCUACUGACGUGUUCGGAGUGUCCUCGUACCUACUGCGCCAAGAAGUCCAGCUCGGCACUGCAGUCCAACUCGUCCAGCACUACGUCCGGAAGCAGCUCGCAUUCGUCGUCCGCAAAGGUCGGUGGAAUCGUUGGCGGUGUGGUAGGCGGCGUAGCUGCCCUAGCCAUCGCGUUGCUGCUCUACCUGUACCUCAAAUACUGGUCCAAGGGCAAAAGACGCACCCGUAACCUGCUGGUUGCGCACGAAGAGUACGGUGACACGAGCGACGUUGAUCCCAGCGCGACCCCCUCCGAUAAACCUCACACGCAGGGCUCACAGCCUAUGCUUGAGCCUCGUAAUCGCAGCAGCGCAGCCACCGCCGUCACAAAAGCCUCCAACAUCCUACCGAUUGCCUAUAUCCCCGGUGUUACCGCGGGUAAGCGCGGGCUUGCCAAACCCCACCCUCCUUUGCCCAAGCAUUUGCUACGCUCAGGCGAUACUCGAUCCCACAUCACUCUCGGCAGCUCUAUUCUGGGCGACGACGACGACGACGACGAAGGUGACAACGCCGCAAUAGGCGCUGCCGCUGCCGCUGCUCGCAACAUCUCAUCCACGUCCACCCCCAGUCUUUCUGAGAAGCAAUCACCUGUUGGUGCAGAUGAUGCGCUUACAACUGCCAUUCGCGCACGUCCUCGCUUAGUACAAAUCAGUGAAGAAGAAGACGGCGCGGAAGACGACGACGAAUCGCCAGUAGAAAAAGAGGAACCCUCAGAAAAAGAACACACAGUCACUACAUUACAUUUACACACCAGUGACGACGACGAGCAUUCACUCACACUCGGCAGCUACCCAGCAACCGAGCCUCAACAAAGCGUUCGUGCAAACCAAGAUAACAGUGACGACGCCGACAACGAGAGAGAUCUACAAAAUAGCGGCGACGCUGAUGAUGAUGGCGACGAUGACGGUGAUGAUGAUGACGAUGAUGGCAGUUUCAUCCUUGACGUCGAAGUACCCGAGAGUCUGCGGCAUCUCGCAAACAACUCACACCCACCGGCUAACGAGGGCUCUGGCAGCCCCUUCGAGGACAGGUUUUAUAUAUAG